AUGGAAAAGGAGUUCAGUGAGGUUAGAACCAAAGGAGAAACGUUACAAAAGGAGAAUAAAGAACUCGGGGACAAAAUAGAACAACUGCAAAAGGCAUUAGAAGGAAAAAAUAGUGAAGGGAAAAAGGAAAAUAGGAUUUCAAAUCAGCUAUUGAGAGAGGUAUCGGAAGGGCAAGACAAGCUAUCAAGAGCAAAAAGUGAGUUAGAAGAAACAAAAGCAACAUUACUAAGUAUGACAAUGGCUGUGAAAAGAGGAGAAGAAAUUAUAGCAGUAAUGGAAGAUCAACAAAGAAUUGCUGAAUUAGAAUUAGAAGAAUUAAAAGGAGAAAAGAGUAAAGGAAAGAAAACCAGGAAAGAGCAGUUGGAAAGGAAGAGGGAAAAGGAAACCCAAGAAGGAGAAGCAAGGAAUGAGAUAGAAGAGGUGGAAGUAAUGGAAGAAGGAAUCACACAACUAGAAGAAAGAAUAUUUAAAAAACUGGAGCAAAAAAUGUAUAAAUUAUUGGAUAUAGAUCAAGAAAGCGACAGUGGAGUCAGACCGAGAGGAAGAGAGCCGUAUGAACUGCGGAAACAUGAGUAUCCAAAAAGAGGUUCGACCACAGAACAGAAACAGACACCAUCAGAAACAAACAAGAAACAAACCAAGAACAAGCGGAGAUAA